UCGGACUGAACCCCUAUAGGUCUGUAUAGUGGAAAGUACAGCCUCACCCCUUUAUAAAGCGGACGGCAUCCGUGAAGUGAUCAUCUUCGAGACGAUCAGCCUCCGAUAAAGCGACCAACACAUCAAGAUCUGAUCCACGAGCGACCGCAGACCCAAACAUGAGGCCCUACUGCAUCUUCAUCGCCUGCCUUGUGCUCUUCGCUUUCUGCUCACUGGCUCGCAGUGAAUUCAGCCAAGGUCCCGAUAAGUGCUGCUUUUCUUUUUCCAAUAUAAAAAUCCCAAUAAAGCAGGUCGAGAGUCAUCAUACUACACAUCUUGAGUGCCACAGGAGUGGUAUCAUUGUCAUCACAAAAGCCCAAAGAGAGAUCUGUGUUGACCCGACAGAGAGAUGGGUUCAGAGACUGAUAAACUUGGUGGAUGCUCGAAACAUGAAGGAGAUGUCACAGAGCAGCGACUAAGAUGUGAACGGCUCUUCUCUUUUCAAACUAUUGAAUUGAACAGUUUUUUUUUUUCUUAAAAUCAUUUAACUGAUUUUAAGCUUUUAUU